ACACUCAUCUCUCUCUCUCUCUCUCUCUCUCUCUCUCUCAUAUACACGUAGGAAUAUAAUGGCAACAACCGCAGAAUAUUGCAGACAGAGAGAAGAAGCCUUAGCCCACCAGUACCAAAUACCAAAACCUGAAAACGAAACAUAGUUGCUUGCAUGAUCUCUCAACCCUAAAUCAUUAAAGAAAUAAAACUGACCGAAUUCUCAUUUCACUUGCAUUUCCCUUGUUUUAUAUACAGUCUCUCUCAACAGGUUGAAGAUUGAGAUUUCCCCAGUCCAAAGUUUUUCACUCAGCAUGAUAUCAGAUUAGAUUUUUGGUUGCGUUUUCUAUACUUUCAUUCUCCUCAUCUCGUGUGUAUCUUAUGGCUGAGCCGAGCAUCAGUCUAGCAGUGACCCCAACAAUAGAUGAGGCAGAUAGAGGUAAUUCCAAAAGAAAUUCUAUGGGAAAAUCAAGUUCGUCAGAUACAAGCAAGGAGAUUCUUCCCCAUUAUCUUCGAGCUUCUACUGGUUCAUGCCAUGAUUUCUGUAAAUAUGGGAGGAAACAUGCAUUUGAAGAGAAGGCAAGGUGUUCCUUUCCAAGAAGGAUUAUAAAGAAACUACCAGACGACCAAAGUUUGGCAUUGUCUCAGCCAGAGGACUACAGUACAUCAGUGGUUAAGGUCAAAUCUAGUCCCAAUUCCAAAUCCCCCAGUGCUAAAAGUCCUGAUAUCAUCAAGCAAGAAGUGUCAACCAAAUCAGUUGUCCGCCAAACUCCACUGUUCAAAGAAGUCCUGACUAAGAGGAUGACGCCAACAGGUUUAUUAGCAAGGUCUUUUGACAGCCAAAGUUCGAUGUUAAGAAAAGCUCUGGCCAAGAAAGAAUCAUCAGCUGGAUUACCUCUGACAAAAUCAUUUGAUGGCCAAAGUCCAGUUUCGAGAGAAGUUCUGGCCAAGAAACAAUCAUCAGCUGGGUUACCUCUGACAAAAUCAUUUGAUGGCCGAAGUCCAGUUUCAAGAGAAGUUCUGGCGAAGAAAAAAUCGUCAACUGGGUUACAUCUGACAAAAUCAUUUGACGGCCAAAGUCCAGUUUCAAGUGAAGUUCUGUUCAAGAAAAUGACACUGACACAGGAAGUGUCGACUAAAUCAGCUGACAGCCAAGGUUCAGGGCCAAGUGGGAUUUGGAUGAGGAAGAAGGCAUCAGCUGUGCGGAGGAAGGAGAAUUCAAAAAUCAAAUCAUCAACUGAAUCAGAUGGCGGCCAAGGUUCAGGGUCAAGUGAAAUUCGGAUGAAGACAAAGACAACAGCUGUUGGCAGGAAGAAGGAUUCAGAGUUCAAUUCAUCCCCAAGCAUCUCUAAGCAGGAUUUAGCAUCAUCUUGUGAAAAACCAGAGGUCUCUAUGAAACAAGUGUUGUCGAAAGCUAAAGAAGUAAAAUUAUCUGCAAAAUAUGCUAGUACUUUGAAUCCAAAAUCAUCUUCUCCUGACGCUUCAAGAGUUUUUGGUGCCAGAAGAAAUGGUGACAUCAAGAUCGAACGGCGAACAGGGACCUCCAAAACAGUUGCAAAGAAUUUACAAGCAUCCCCAAGGGCUUCAUUUUCUCCUAGAAGAUCAGUCAGUGGUGUUGCUAGAGGACUAGCAUCCCCACGAGCUUCAUUGUCCAGUAAACCUUCUCCUAUUAGAAUUGCAUGCCUGAAUGCAAAGAAGAAUAGGAGCUUGAAACUUACACCUCAGACUAAAGAAAUUAAUGCUAAGCAGCACAAGAACAAGAAUUCCCAUAAGAAUACCGAUCCUGUUCAACCCCAUGGCAAACUUAAAGAAUCCAACGGUGACAUGAUCCAGGAGAAAACGUUGUAUGUCAUCAAGAUGAAAGCUGACGACAAAUAUGUGGAGUCUGAUCACAAUGAGAAUGUUUCUGUUGAGGCAUCACCACCUCUGCUGUCUUCACUAAAGUCUCCAUCCCUCCCAAAAUCUCUCUCCUCCAUGUCCCACAGUGAAAAAGAUGAAGACGAAUCUGAGUAUACUGUGACAGAAGCAGAAGAUGACACUUCCUCUGAAUACGAUGAAACCGAGUGCAUUGCAGAGACAGAUACUUUGGAAGCAGAACACAGAGGGAGGAAUAGAAAGUCUGGGAUGGUUCUUUCUGAGGACAAAGAUGGCAACCCUGUGAAAUUACAAUUCAGGAGGGGAAGGGUGAUUGAUAUUCUGUCUGAGAAUAAUAGUCCAAGGAGGUUGAAGUUCAGGCGAGGAAGAGUGUUGGGGGAUAACCAAAAUCUCAAAGCUGAUGGCCGAAGAAGCUUCAAGAGGAGAGUAGCUGAUGGUGAUGUGAUUGACAGCAAACAUGAUUCAGGAAAAUUUGUUUUGAGGCAUCAAGAUGUUCAUGGAAAGAAAGAUGCGCAGGGUCUGUUUAAUAAUGUCAUAGAAGAAACAGCAAGUAAACUUGUAGAGACAAGGAAAAGUAAGGUUAAGGCCUUGGUGGGUGCUUUCGAGACGGUAAUCUCCCUGCAAGAUGGCAAACCCUCUGCAAAUGCUGCUUCUUGAAUUGGAAAUGACUGCUAAACUAAAAAUAAGAAAAAAUUUCUAAAGAACAAUUAAGUCUAAGUGAAUGCUUGGUCAUUAACAGUCCAUUGGUUUUUCAAAGGAUUGGUAGGAAAAUAAAACCAAGCUUGCACUGAGAAGUGUGGUUAACAAGCUUAUGAGUCGUGGAAGUGUAAAAAUGAUUGCUUCGGUUGACAUUAGAUUGCUUGGAUAUAGAAUUGGUUGGAAAGUCCUACGAGUAUUGAUCUUGACAUGCCUAAUAUACAGAGUGUAUGCGUCUUCUUUUUUCAAAUUUGUACCGUAUAUGAUUGGAUUCUAUUUGUGAAUGAAACAAGUAUCCUCGUGUAGUUUGACUUGCAAAAGAAAGCUGCAUGACAUGAUUUUUCAUCCUUACAUAA